AUGCGCGCCUGGACACUAAACUCCGCCGGCCUAACCCUCUCCCCCUCUCACCCCCUUCCCAGCGCCGGCGCUGCCUCCUCCACUUCCCCCUCCGCAACCACCCCACCAACAAUCACAGGGAACAACCUCCUCCUCAAAAUCGCCCACGCAUCCCUCAACCCCGUCGACCUACACAUCCUCCGCUUAUUUCCCCACUGGCUUCCCUUCCGUCGGAACCCAACGCCUGGAUUCGAUUUCUGCGGGCGGGUGGUAUCUGCCGGACCUGGCGUCGACGCCAAUGAGUUUACGGUGGGCGAUGUAGUCAGUGGCGCACUAGGCGCCGCCGACGUCUUCUGGGGCAAGGGCUCGCUAGCUGAGUACCUCCUCGUCUCCUCCUCCCUAGUAGCCAAAAAGCCGAAGACGUGGGGGGCGGGAGGGAAAGAAGUCACAGGACAAGAAGCCGUCGGUCUGUUUGGCAUCGCUGGGCAAACGGCUGUUCUCAUGACCCAGACCGCUGGCGUCUCGUCGGCAGCUGACUGGAAGGGGAAGAAGUGCCUGGUUAACGGCGCCAGUGGAGGGGUGGGGAAUAUCCUUACGCAGAUCCUCAAGGGAAAGGGGGCGGAAGUAUGGGGGACUACCGGUUCUGCUGAGGGCGAGGAGUUGGUGACGAGGUGUGGGGGGAAGGUGGUUAAUUACAAGACACACAACCCCGUCACGGAGCAUUUGGGGCGUCUGUUUGGGGAGGAGAAGCUGGAUUUUGUGUUUGACUGCGCAGGAAGUCAGGAGAUGUUUACCAAGUCGCCGGGGUAUUUGAAGACCGAGGGAAAGUUUAUUAGUAUCGUCGGGGGAGCGUCGCAGGGUGUUGUUCCGUAUAUUAGGAAUAAGUUAAGGCCGGUGUGGUUGGGCGGGACGCCGAGGGCGUUUGAAUUGUUGUUGUUGAUCCCCGGAAAGAAGACGGUGAGGGAGGUGGGGAUGUUGGUGGAGGAGGGGGUCAUUGAGAGGGGAGUGGUGGAUGGGGUAUGGGAGAUGGAGGAGUUGGUGAAGGCGUAUGAGAGGUUGGGAAGUGGGAGGGCGAAGGGGAAGGUUGUUGUUAGGGUGUCGGAGUAG